AUGACGACUUCGUCAAUCAGACGGCAGAUGAAAAACAUUGUGAACAAUUACUCAGAAGCAGAAAUAAAAGUGCGGGAAGCCACCUCCAAUGACCCCUGGGGCCCGUCCAGCUCCCUGAUGACGGAGAUCGCGGACCUGACCUACAACGUGGUGGCCUUCUCGGAGAUCAUGAGCAUGGUGUGGAAGCGGCUCAACGACCACGGCAAGAACUGGCGGCACGUGUACAAGGCGCUGACGCUCCUGGACUACCUCAUCAAGACGGGCUCGGAGCGGGUGGCUCAGCAGUGCCGGGAGAACAUCUUCGCCAUCCAGACCCUGAAGGACUUCCAGUACAUCGACCGCGACGGCAAGGACCAGGGCAUCAACGUGCGGGAGAAGUCGAAGCAGCUGGUGGCCCUGCUCAAGGACGACGAGCGGCUGAAGGCCGAGAGGGUCCAGGCCCUCAAAACCAAAGAGCGCAUGGCCCAGGUGGCCACCGGGAUGAGCAGCAACCAGAUCACCUUCGGGCGCGGCUCCAGCCAGCCCAACCUCUCUACCACCUACUCAGAGCAGGAGUAUGGCAAGGCCGGGGGAUCGCCAGCCUCCUAUCACGGCUCGCCCGAGACCUCGCUGUGCCCCCAGCACCGCACGGGGGUCCCGCUGGGUCAGAGCGAGGAGCUGCAGCCGCUGAGCCAGCAUCACCCCUUCCUGUCGCACCUGGGGCUGGCCUCCCACCCAAAUGGUGACUGGGCCCAGCCCUGCCUCACUUGUGACUGCGCAGGCCGAGCCACUUCCCCUCGGGUGUCCUCCGAGCUGGAGCAGGCCCGGCCCCAGACUAGCGGAGAAGAGGAACUGCAGCUGCAGCUGGCGCUUGCCAUGAGCAGAGAAGUAGCUGAGCAGGAAGAGCGCCUCCGGCGGGGCGAUGACCUCAGGCUGCAGAUGGCGCUGGAAGAGAGCCGGAGGGACACCGGCAGAGCUCCGAGGAGGCAGGAGCCCAGCUCCUACCCACAGCAGACCACUCUGUUGGAUUUAAUGGACGCCCUCCCCAGCUCAGGCCCUGCUGCCCAGCAAGCUGAGCCCUGGGGCCCGUCAGCCUCAGCUAGCCAGACCAACCCCUGGAGCGGGCCCGCAGCCCUCGCCAGCACUUCGAGUCCCUGGCCAUGCGGUGCCCAGCCAGCUUCCUCUGUGGACCCGUGGGGAGGGCCCCCUGGAACCAGCACGCACUCCAGCUCCACGAGCUCGGAUUCCUGGGCGGCCCCGCAGCAGCCUGUCCACGGUGCCGAGAGGGCAGCGGACGCCUGGGCAGCAGCCUCCGCCGCCAAGCCUGCGGCCGCCUCUGGGGCCUUCGAUGUCUUCAGUAAUGUGAAUGGGACAAUGAAAGAUGACUUUUCCGAAUUUGACAACCUCCGAACUUCAAAAAACACAGCCGAGGCGGUGGCCUCUCUGCCUUCCCAAAAAAGCGAAACUACAAGCCCCGACCCCUUUGAGUCUCAGCCCCUGACCGUGACUGCGAGCAAGUCCAGCAGCGCCCGGAAGACCCCCGAGUCCUUCUUGGGCCCCAACGCGGCCCUGGUGAACCUGGACUCCCUGGUGACCAGGCCAGCCCCGCCGGCCCAGUCCCUCAACCCUUUCCUGGCACCAGGUGCAGCUGCGGCUUCGGGCCCCGUCAACCCAUUCCAGGUGAACCAGCCCCAGCCGCUGACACUGAACCAGCUGCGGGGGAGCCCCGUGCUGGGGACCAGCGCGUCCUUCGGGCCUGGCCCGAGUGUGGAGCCCAUGGCUGUGGCCUCCAUGACCUCCACAGCCUCACACCCAGCCCUGGGGGCCAGCAGUUCCUCCCUGGCGCCACUGGGCCCUGCCACAAUGAACAUGGUGGGCAGCAUGGGCAUCCCCCCAGCGGCAGCUCAGGCUACUGGCACAACCAACCCUUUCCUUCUCUAG